UCCAGAUGAUGGUAUUAUGAACUUAGUUCCGUCCUUGGUGGUGCUGAUUAUUAAAUAAAAUGGAACAAGUUCGCCAUGGACAAGAAUCAUGGGCUCAGUUUGACGAUGAUGACGACAGUUCUACGGUUAAAAAACCCCUAUCAAUUCCUACUUGUGCUUUUUACUCCUAUUUCCCUAUAGAUACAUCAUCUUUCACUAAUCAAGAACAAACAAUAAAUUCACAUCUUCCUAAUUUUGGUUUGACUAAUCAGCAUUUAGUGUUUCCUUCUUCCUCUUCGAACCAAUCGAAUGAAUUACCUAUUGUAAAAAAUCAUACAGAUCUAACAUUAUCACCAGUUGCUGCAACUCAUCACCAGUCACCAAGAUCAAGGUCAAUCUAUCAUGAGAAUUUAAACAGUCAUUCGGAAAUUAAUUCAUCGCAUUGUACAGAGAUGCUAUUUCCCAGUCAUCAAUUGAAUAACUGGUCUAGUUUUAAUCAACCAACUGUUCAGUCGAGAGAACAGUUGAAUACUACUGAUAUUUCUCCGUUUGCUAACACCGCUACUACUACUCCUCCUGCUACUACUAAAACUACUACAAAUUUCUCUCCGAACUUAAGCAUGUCAAAUAAUUAUACUGUAACAAAUCAACAUAUUGGAGAUCCAUGGGCAAUUACAUCAGAUCAGAAAGCCUAUUAUUUAUCACAGUUUCUCAGAUUACAACCAGAUAUUGGUUCAAAACUCAGUGGGAUACAAUCGAAAACAUUCUUUGAGUUGUCAAAGUUGCCAUCUUCAGAAUUGUCAAAAAUUUGGGAAUUAUCUGAUUUUGAUCAUGAUGGACAAUUAACUUUAAGUGAAUUUUGUAUUGCAAUGCAUUUAGUUGUUUAUCGAUUAAAUGGUAUUCCAAUACCUAAUAAAUUGCCUAAAGUUUUAUUAGAAUUAAUUGAAACAAAUUGGUUAUCUACAAAAUCAUCAUUUAUAUUAUCAUCAACAACAAUAAAAACAACCACUACUACUACUACUACUGCUACAACUGCUACUACUAACACGACUACUACUACUACUAUUAAUGCGACUACGACGACUACUAACAGUAAUUGUACAUUGAAUCUUAUUAACCAAUCAAAUCAUUAUAACAAUUCACUAAGAUAUGCAUCCAUAGAUGUAUCGAAUUCAUGUCGACAUUUCGAUCAUAAUAAUAAUAAUAAUAAUCAUCCUCAUCAUGAUCUGUCAUUAUUUCCAUCGUCUACAUCAUCAUCAAUUACAGCUACAUCAAUUUAUCAAAUGAAAACAAUCACAACACCAUCAUCAAUUCAUAUUAAUACAUUUCCAAUUGAAACAAGUCAAACUACAAAUUCUACAGAAUUAAAACAUCAUCAUCAUCAUCAUCAUCAUGAACAGCAACAACAACAGCAAUUACAUCAGCAAUUGCAAAGACGUUGGUCUAUAUCAAGUCAAAGUGAUGUUAGCAGUUUGUUAGCAUCGGAAGAAGGAAUGAUUUUAUUCGAAUCGAAAUUAAGUACAAAUCCACAAUUAAAACAUCCUAUCCCAUUAAGAGCUGGAACAUUACCAUCAACUAUUAUUCCUGAGAUGGUGAAUUCAAUGAGAACUUCAUCUCAAGAUGAUUAUUCUACUGUAGAUUAUCAUAAAAAUGAAUUUUUACAUACAUAUCAAUUUCCAUAUGAUAAUAAUAAUAAUAAUAAUGCAUUUUGUACUACAACUCAUAAUCCAAUAAUUAAAUCCACUCCUUGGUUGCCACCACCAUUGACUACGAUUCAUUCAUCUCCUAUUUUAUUCAAUAAUAGUCAACAUUCCGAUUCGAUGGUGUCUCCAUCGUUAUUAUCAGUCCUAUCAAAAGCUCCACCUCCGCCACCACCACCUAGAGCUAAUUUAUUACUUGUCACUAGUAUUGAUGAUGAGGAUUGUGUGAAUAAUGAUCAUACUGGACAGAAAUGUGAUAUUUCAUCAAUGAACAUGAAAGAGGAACUUGUUCCAUCGGUUGCAACGAAAUUCAACAUGACGGAAAUGAAGUUAACCGAAUCUCAACAACCAUUGAACAACAACAACAACGACAAUGAUGAUUGUACAAAUAAUGUAAUAGAUCAAUUAAAAAUUCAAUGUAAUUCAAUUAGUGAAAUGAAUGAACAAUUAACUGUAACAUUGAUCAAAUUACAAAAAGAUAGAAUAGCGUUGAAAAUAUUUCUAGAACGUUUAAUGCCAUUGAAAACAAUUUAAGUUGACUUUUUAUAUUAUUAUUUGAAUAAUUAUUCAUUUGAAUAAAUAAUUAAACAAACAAACAAAAAGAAAUCAUGAUGAAAAUUAUCCAAAAAAAAAAGAAAAUUUAUAAUUAUGAUUAUAUUUACAAAUCAUUCAUUCACUCACUCACUCACUCGCACUCAUAUCUACACUGCUACCAAUGUGAUAACAUGCAUAUAUAUAUAUAUAUAUAU